CUCACAGCCUAUGUCACUCCAAAACAAUGUGUGUGUCACCGUGAACGAAAACAAUAAAGGAAGGAUGGAGGACAUGUAUAUUUGUUUACUGAAAUGUGUAUGUUUUAUUUUUUCCAGACAUGACACCUUUGGUUUACAUUCUGACUCCAGUUGUGGCUGUACUGCUGAUCCUAACAUCUGCUAUCAUUAUUAUUUUUAAAAACAUAACCUGCAAAUUCAAUAUGAUUGUAAUGAGCAGGGCUGAAGCAGAAGUGGAGAUGAGAGGCAAUGAUAUUUAUGAAUCUGGAGAAGAUGCAGUUCCACAGAGCACACUGAGCCAUGGAAUGAACCCAGAUGAGGAACAGUGUACCUACCAAAACUUCAUCACAACUACAGAAAUGUACUGUAGUUAAUAUGACAGACACCAGUCCUAACUCUGUUUGAAAUGUCUCAGUUAACAGGUGCCAGUGGAGUUCAAUCAAUCCUCGUGUGAGUAAAUGUAUCUGUGAAAUGCUGCCAUUUUUUCAUAUUACCUUACCUGUCCAUGAAGCAUUACAUUAGUAUUAUUAUUUUUACAUAUUAAGCAAACUCUCUGUUCAGCACCUUUGACUCCUUUAGGGAAAAUGGAGACAUCAACAGAUGUAUUCCAUGUAUUCCCGUAAAACUCAAACUGAACAGGGGUCAGAUUUGAACUCUUUUCUGUCAUGGCAUUGGACAUGACUGUGUGUGAUUAGGUUGGUGUAUCACAUACUCUGACUCAAACAUGGAAUUAAUGGAUGUGCUUUAAACAUUUUUCAACAAUACAUGUCUGGGGGAUACCUUCAUCUGUAGUUCUGCUGUGUUAUGAGAUUCUGAAAGUAAAACGUCUCUAAGAUCAUGAGCAAGUGUAGCAAACAAUGAUAUGUAUGUGUGGGUGUGUGGGUGCAUGCCUCUGAUCAAGACCACUUCCUAUAACAAACGCUUACCACUGGGUAAUAUGUCAAACAGAGCCCUGCGCUGACGACUUUUAUUAUCACGGGUGAUAUUUUGAUCGCUCAUCAUCACAUAAACAAGUCACAUAAACUCCACAAGGUUUUACUUACUGUCUCUAAAAUAAAUCCUUCAGUCACUUUAUCUCAAGAAUCAGGUGUUUCUUUAUUAUUUAAUACUUUUUGGGGACUAAGACCAAAAUGAGAGUAAAUAUGAGACUCAUUGUACAUUUAUCAGGGCAGAAAUGAUUCCAAAUGAACAAUAAUGUGGUUCCUGGUUACAACAUGGGAAAUCAUUUCCACAACUUUGUAUUUGUAGUCAGCUUAAAUCUCCCUAAUAGAUGGGAUCAUAUUUGUGUCUUGAUCCAACUGACCACUGCUCAAUGUUACUGCCAAGUAUAAAGCUUGACUGAAGUUUCUCCUCCACUUGUUGACUUGAACAUAGAAUAUUGUGUUCUGCUGUUACAUUUCCACCAUUAACUCAAGUUAUCAUGUACCACUGACACCCUGUAACUGAUUACUUAUUCAGCGUUAAUGUAGUUAUUUAUCAACUGGACCAACUACCAGUAGCCAGCGGAGAGCUGGUUUAGCUCAAAGUAAAAGUUUGUGUGAUUUAUUUUUGAUAGAUAAAGUGUAUAUCUUCUCAAAACUUUAUUGAUCAAUCUCUUCCAAACCUAUACUGAGGUGUAUAAAUAGGAGUAGAAAAGUAAUCAGUCUGAAAGGGAAAUGAUACCAUCUUUAUGGGCUCCUUGUUUAUUACUACAAUUUGAUACUGAGUGCAGGUCUGAGAUAUGAGCGAUCAACUUAGCUUUCAAGUAGGCUAUCAAUAAUUUCGACCUAAAUAAAUGGAGAUGAAGAUAUGUAAGGUGUUUACCUUUUGCCCUGGUAUCUACACUGAAUAAGUCCGGUUAAGUUAAGCGGAGUCCUUGUGUAUCUGCAGUCAUUUUUAUUAUUCUCUCGUGUUAUUUUACUGUAAUGUCCGAAAUUGUCAUUUAAUCUUGAUCUAUUCAUUUGAUAUCUACCCCGGUCACCUGAGCCAAAGCUUCUCCUGCCAACAUGUGUAACCAGGUAACACCAAACAAACCAACCAACCAUGCCGCUUGGUCGGGAGAGUUAAACGCUCGUUACCGAUGGGGGGACUAUAUCUGCUCUAACUCGGCGUACUAUUUCUUAAUUUUAUUCUGACCGAACAGGCAAAAACACAAUAUGGAUGUUUUGGUAUCACGGCCGCAGUUUGACAGCAGAUCUGUGGCUCAGGGGGUCCCGGAGAAAGACCCUCCUGUGGAGCUGGAGGUCCCGCAGCCGUCCUCAGGCUCCGCCACGGCGGGAUACCGCUCGGCUAAAUACACCACGGGAGAAUGGUUCUCCAAAUACCACAACAUACUCCAACAGGCCAGUAUAGACAGCGGCGAAGCCCGUAGCGUCCAGAGAGAGUCCAGGAUCACGUACCAGGACACAGCGGCAGCGACUCUGAAGACCCAGGCCGAGGGGACACGUCUUCUCGGAGAGAGACUGCAAGAGAUCCACUACUGGAAGUCUGAGCUGCAGCGGCACAUCGAGCGGCUGCUGGCCGACACAGAGGCCCUGCUGGCGCUGAAGACGCGCCUGGAGAAGGCGCUGGACGCCACGGAGAUCCCUUAUGCCAUCUCAACAGAUAAUGUGAAGUGCAGGUCUAGAAGGCUGGGACCAGACCUGGUCAGAGACUCUGUGGAGGAGGAGCUGCUGAAGGAGGUAGACCUGAUCAGGAGCAUCCAGGCUCUUCUGAAGAGAACCACAGCGCAGGUCGUCAGUCAGAUCAAGACGAACAGAGAGGCCAAGCAGACGUUAGAGCUGGACUGGUCUGACAAGUACCAGGCCUAUGGCUUUGAUGACCACAGUGGAAGGCACAGUAACACGAGCCACGACACACAGCACCACCCCAGCUCAGCCACCGUGCAGGAGCAAGUGUGUAACCGCUCAUCGUGGACAAAGUUUACACAGGACAACCUUUCUAAGGCCAUGCAGGAGGAACAGGCCACCAGCCAACUCAGGGUGCUGGUGGAGCAAAUGUUGAGGGACACCACUGAAGAUCUGAGAGUCCAGUGCUCCAGUGUGGACCGAGCCUUCAGCCAGCGCUGUGUGGAGCUGAUAGAGGCCAAGACGCAGCUGGAGAUGAAGCUUGCACAGAUAUUGGAGCAAAUUGGGGCCCAGGAGAGGAACAUUGUUGCUCUACAGCAAGCCAUCCACAACAAAGAGGCUCCACUGAGAGUGGCUCAGUCCAGACUUUACCUUCGCUCCCUGAGGCCCAACAUGGAGCUCUGCAGGGAUGAAACCCAGCUCAGUUUGGAAGGGGAAGUGAGGCAGAUUGACUCCACCCUGGCGUCUCUGCACCAGCAGCUGAGUGAAGCCAGAGGCUCCCUGUCCCACCUGGAAGAGUCCCGCAUGGAGCUUGAGAAGGACAUAAGCUGUAAAACUCACUCACUGUUCAUAGAGAGGGAGAAGUGCAUGAAUCACCGUAAACGGUAUCCAACCGUCUCAACACUGUCGGGAUACUGAGGAGUGUUUAUGUUUAUGAGUUUUAUUCUUUUUUUCUAAAUUCAAACUUUUGGAUUGACGUUGCUCCUUGUUACGUUUGUUAUGUGUUUCUUCACGUAGUGAGAUAAUGUUUGAACUCAUCAGUUGUGCUUAAAUUGAUAUUCUCAUCCACACUUACGCUUUAAACUUCACUCCACAUUAAGUUUAAAGCCAGUUUUGCUUAUUUUCUUUAUUCACUCAUUUUUGUAAAAAGGUAAAUAAAAACAGAAUAAUCUAGAACAUGUGAUGAGUAGGACUUUUAUAGUUGUAGUUAACUUGUAUUUAAGCAGAAAACAGAUCAGCUGCACAUGAACUGGUUAACAUUUAGGUUGAAUAACACAAACUAUCAAUCCAACAUUAAACAAGAACAAGACCAGGCAUGCUGUUCAGUGUACUUUGCCACUCUUGUGUUGGAUUCCAUAUUCAUUGUCAUAGAUAUCUUCUGUUGGUGUGAAGUCGGUGUAGACAUGUUCGGCACCCUCAUUAUCGUAGAUAUGCAAGUUGUCGUGUUGAAAUGAACUUGACAUGGAAUGCACCGGAAAUACUUGAUUUAGAUAAAGCUGAAAAAAACAACAAGUAUUAGUUGUGUGAUAUAUUGUAAAUCAGAUGAAACAGACAUUAGGAUGACCCUUAUGAUUUUCUUGAAUUUGUUUGUCUAAACCUUUGGUCACCACAAACUAAAAACAAGAUCAACAACAACGGCUUGGGGCUUUGUUACGUUUGGCUUCAAACUAAAUGCUAAUAUAAACAUGCUAAGGGAAUAUGGGAUCUCAUAUAUGGAGCAACGAACUGUCAAAAAAAUUUAAAAAUAUAAAUACUAUUAAAAGUAUGAAACAUAUUAAUGAUAGUGAGUGACUGAAUAAAAAGACCACAGUAAAUACACAAAGGAAUAAUACAAAAUGGUAGAAGCAUAAUUGCAUACAUUUAAAACCUCUAAAAAUAUCAAUAAAUACAAAAGCAAAUUAUUAUUUUUUCUCACAUAUUUUUAUACAUUUAUUUUUAUAUUAUUGAGUGCAUUUAAUGGCAUAUGCAUUUUUUAUUAUUAUUUAUUUUAUUUUAGAUUUUGACAGUUUCGGCCUCCUAUGAUAGACUAUAAUAAAGAAGGAUUUUUUAGUCUUACGUGAUCCACAAACUUUAGCUCGUCUGUUUCAGCACUGCUCAUUGUGCUUCUGUUCAUGCCGAUGUCAGCUCCUUGCAACACAGAAAAACACUGCAUUAUCACCAUUAUCACCAUCUUCAUCGUUAUAUGCGUGCGUGUGUGUUAAACAUACCUUUCGCUUUGUAACAUUUACAUCUAUAAACCAUGACCCACAUCACAGUCACUAUCAAGAUAGUAGCCAGUAUUGUGAGCAGCAAGUAAGCCCCAGCGUAAAUUGCUGCUCUAUCUGCAGUAUCUAGGCAUGAAGAAAAAGAAAAAAACACAUAUCACAUUGAAAAUGUGCACUUCCUGAAACAACAGUCACUCUCUUAGACAGCAGAAGUAGCCUCAAAUGUGUUUGACCUGUUCCUUAUUUCAUUAACAGUCAGAUGAACAGAUCUGCACACGCUGUUACUUUCCCAUAUACGUACAUUUAGUACAUGCACAUUAAAAAUGUGCAGCAUUGACGCAUGAUGAUGUGUUCUCUCUAUUACCAUUACCAAAGAACCAGUGGAUUUAAACACAUAGACGUACAUAUGGCCCAAUAUUUAAUUUGAUUUUUAAUUUAGUGGACAACCAAAACUUAUUUAAUUAAAAAUUAAAGUUAAUCCAGUGUCAAAUGGUACAGUUUACUGUUAUUUCCUCUGACCUUCAACCUCCAGCUCAACAGCAGAGAAAACAUCCAGUCCAGUGUUUCUAUGGACACCACAAAGAUACCACCCAGAAUCCUCUUGGGUCAGGUUGUUAAUGUUCACUGUGAAUCUUCUUGACUCCUUGUCCUCAAUGAGUGUGAAGCGUCCAUUUUGUUUGCUGUCAGAGGUGAUGACUGCCUGCUGCAGACAUGUGGAGGGCUGGUUUCCUCUGCAGAUGAACUUCAGGUUGUUCUGGUACUUCAACUCAUACCGACAAAUGAUGGACACUGAAUCACUUUCAUUACUUUGAAUUUUAUCCACAUUGUUGCAGCAGUGAUCUGUCAAGAAGAAAUAAAACCACAUGACACAA